AUGCAAGAAUAUGUAACUGGAGAGGGUCUUUCGGAUAGUGAGAGUGAGCUUCUCACUUGUCAAUUUGCUCUAAAUGCUACGGACCCUUUAACAUAUUCUCAGGCAUCACAAUCUGAUCAGUGGGUGCAAGCAAUGAAAUUGGAGAUUCAAGCUAUUGAAAGGAACUGUACUUUGGAAUUGAUGUCUUUACCUCCUGGAAGAAAAUCUGUUCCCGUAAAAUGGUUGUUCAAAACAAAGAUGGAUUCCAAUGGGAAUGUUCUGAAACAUAAAGCCCGUCUCGUGGCUAAAGGGUAUGCUCAGCAACCAGGUAUUGAUUUCCAAGAAACAUUUGCGCCAGUUGCUCGAUUUGAAACCAUUAGGUUGGUUGUCUCAGUUGCUGCUCAGAAGGGGUGA